AUGCCGUCGGUUCUGGUCAUCGUCUUCCUCGUCGAGGUGACUGCGCGUCUAGUCAAUGCUCUCGGCGCUGCAGCCAUCAACGACUUCCUUUGGACUGCGGUCAACCAUCUCCCGAUCUCGACGUCACAAGCCGCGGCGAAGCAGCGAAAGCUACAGGCCGAAUAUCUCAAAGUGCGAUCGGAGCUCAACGCGACCAGUAGCCAGGACCAGUUCGCGAAAUGGGCCAAACUACGUCGACAACACGAUAAGCUCCUUGAGCAGCUCGAAGCCACCAAAAAAUCUAUGGAAGCAUCACGCUCGAGCUUCGACCGAUACCUCACCGGCGUCCGCAUGCUGCUCACCAAGGCGCCCCAGUACAUUGUGCCCUUCUGGUACGCCAAAGAGCCCAUGUUCUGGGUGCCGCACGGCUGGUUUCCCUACUACGCGGAAUGGAUCAUCUCCUUUCCUCGAGCACCUUUGGGAAGCGUCAGUGUCGCAUCGUGGCAACUCGCUUGCGCGGGCAUGAUUGCCCUCCUGAGCGAUCUGAUCACGGGGAUAUAUGGACUGCUGUUUGCCGCCUCCAAGCGCAAGGAGGAACCGUUGAAGUCCAAGGUGGCAGCGAGCGAGAAGAAGGAGCUGUAA